AUGAGGGACAACAUGAAACCCUGCCAACACACUUUAUCAGAUGACGUGAUCUACAAGGAGGUGGUCGUUAUUGGCAAUGGCCCGAGCGGGUUAGUCACAUCGUUUAUGCUCGCCGGCAACGUGCCUUACUUGAAGAGGGAGAUACCGGAAGACCUGCCUAUUGACGAAAUGCUGAGAGCCAGAUUAUUGAACUUGCCACCUGGACAGAAUUUACUAGAAACAGAUCUAAUGGAGCUGGCUGAAGGCCUAGAAGGGAGAAGCCAGAACCCUUUUCCGUUGUUGAUGGAUAAUCUUCUAAGGCCCUGUGCAGAUUUGGGAUUCCACGCAGAUCCUCUCAUAGAGUGGAAAUACGACGUUGAAAAACAGGUGGAGCACGUGGUGCUGGGGCGCGGCCCGCCGGGCGGCGCGUGGCACUCGUUCCCGGCCGAGCUGCGCACGCUGUCGCCCGCCGCGUGGCUGGCGCUGCCGCCGCACGCCAGCGUGUGCGCCGACACCGGCUCCCCCAGCUCCCCCCCACCAGCGCCAGCCGGCGCGCGCCGUGGCCGCCUACUGCCGCCGCUACGUGCGCCUCUGCAACCUGCAGGUCCGUACCUACUGCUUUUUAUUCCUUUUAUUUAUUUAUAA